CUGAGCCCCGCCCCUACCCGGAGGCCCGGGCCCCCUCCCCCCACGCCAGCCUGGGCCCCUUGGGCCGCGGGAGGCUUCGGCGCGGGGCAGCUAGAGCGGCGGCGGGAGGAGCCAGCAGUCCAGUCCUCCGCGGGACAUGGCAUCUUGGCUCUGGAGAAAGCUGCGUGGCAAGAGGCGGCUGGCAGUGGCCUCCUUCCUCUUGAUGACUCUGUCUGCUGUGGCCGUCACCCGCAGCUCCCUGCAACCUCCAGCCACUAGCUCGGCCCCUGCCCACUUGGGCCCCCAGGGAGACACUGGUGCCAUUGCCCUCCACCACCGGCAAGCUGGGAGCGCCCACCGGCAGCUGCGGAGACGAAGCCCAGACUUCCAGAGAGGCCGAGCUCUGCCUUGGAAUUCCAGCCCGGUCUGUGCCGAGGAGCACAGACACAGAAGAGACAGUGGGAGUCCGGGGAGGACCGAGAAGGGCAUGGCCGGGGCAGCACAAGGAGAUUCCAGACUCAGUGCCCGGCGUCUGGUGCCCUCGAGGAAGAAUGUUGUCCCGGACCCGAGCGCUGAGGCCCCGAGUCACACUUGGCAUGGCAGCUCCACACGGGGGGCACCCAGAGGCCUGGGCACCCUGGUCGACAGUGCCUCGGCUCCCCAGGCCAGGAGACCCACUGCCAGACCCACCCUCUGGGGUGCUCCCGCACAGGGUGGAGAACUGCCAGGAGCUCGGAGCACAGCUGUGACCAUCAAGCAGGAAGCCCGGGAUCCCGGUGCUGCUGGCCAGUGGCCUGGCUCUCUGAGGGAGCUGCGAGGAUCCAUCUGGUGUGACACUGAGACACCCCAGCCGCUGCCCAGCCUGAGGACUCGGGGCCAGGUCCCCCCCUGGUUCACAGAGCACGACGUGUGGGCCCUUCGGCUACUGACAGACGGCGAGGUGGUGGGCAAGGCCAGGGUCCCGGGCCACGGGCAAGUGCUGCAGGUUGGCUUCUCUGCCCCGGCUGCCCUGAAGGAGGGACCCCCGGGGCUCGGCCAGCUCUGCUCCCGGGGUCUCUGCGGCCUGAUCAAGAGGCCCGGAGACCUGUCCGAGGUCCUGUCCUUCCACUUGGACCGAGUGCUGGGCCUGCAGCGGAGCCUCCCCGCGGCGGCCCGGCGCUUCCACAGCCCCCUGCUGCCCUACCGCUACACAGACGGCAGCGCCAGGCCCGUCAUCUGGUGGGCACCAGAUGUGCAGCACCUGGGAGACCCCGACGAUGACCAGAACUCGCUGGCUGUGGGCUGGCUGCAGUACCAGGCCCUGCUGGCACAGGGCUGCACCCAGCCGGGCCGGGCCCCCUGCCUGGGUGUCCUCCACUCGGAGUGGGCGCGCCUGGCGCUCUUUGACUUCCUCCUGCAGGCCCACGACCGUCUGGAUCGCUCCUGCUGUGGCUUCGAGCCGGAGCCCUCGGACCCCUGUGUGGAGGAGAGGCUCCGAGAGAAAUGCCGGAACCCGGGGGAACUGCGGCUGGUCCACAUCCUGGUCCGGAGCAGUGACCCGUCGCGGCUGGUCUACAUCGAUAACGCCGGCAGCCUUCGGCACCCUGAGGACAGACUCAACUUCCGGCUGCUGGAAGGCAUAGCCAGGUUUCCUGAGUCUGCUGUGAGGGUCCUGCAGUCCGGCUGCCUGCACAAGCUGCUGCUCCAGUCGCUGAGGACGGACCCUGUGUUCUGGGAGAGCCAAGGCAGGGCCCGGGGGCUGCGGGAGGCUCUCCAUACGCUGGAGCGGCGAGGACAGGUCCUGCUGAGACACAUCCUGGAGCACAACCUGACGCUGUUCAGGGAUGACGACCCCUGAGCCCUCCCUGCCCAGGCGGCUCUCAUCCCUCCAGGCUCAGGGCUGAGACCCCUAGACAGGGGAGGAGCCAGAAGCUGGGACUGCAGGGCCCUGGGUGUGAGGCCUACUGGGGAGGGUGGGCAUGGCUGCGGGUGCUGGAUUUUCAGCCUGGGCCUCACUGUCUGCCUUUUCAGUGCUGCCUCUCUACUCCUUUGCACCAAUAAAAAUAUUCUGGGGUGUUCUCCCUGCUGCCCUGGG